AUGCUCAGUAAUUUUCGACAGAUCUUUACUCGCACAAUUUAUCCAAGACUAGUAUUAAAUAAUAUUUGUUUGAGUUCAACUGAUGCUAAUAAACCAUCUACUACAGCAAAUGUACCCGAUCAUUUAUGGAAACUUGGUAAACUCAAUCAUAUUGCUGUAGCUGUUCCUAAUUUAGAAGAAGCAAGUCAUUUUUUCAAAAAUGUUCUUCAUGCAAAUUCUGUAAGUGAUGCUGUACCACAAAAAGAACAUGGUGUUUAUACAACUUUUGUUAAUUUUGGUAAUACAAAAAUCGAACUUUUAUUUCCACUUGGUGAAAAAAGUCCAAUAAAAAAAUUUUUAGAAAAAAAUAAAUCAGGUGGAAUUCAUCAUAUUUGUAUUGAAGUUGAUAAUAUUGAAGAAGCAAUUAAAGAUAUUAAACAAAAAAAAAUUCGUACACUUAGUGAAAAAACUCAAAUUGGUGCUCAUGGAAAACCAGUUAUAUUUCUUCAUCCAAGAGAUUGUGGAGGAAUUCUAAUCGAACUUGAACAAGUUUAA